CAACCAAAUUGAGAAUCAGAAAAGAUAAAGAGGCUAUAUAUGUCAAUGGGAGAAAGAAAAACAGAACCUUCAAAAAAGCAAACCAAAGCAAAGAAAAGCAUGUAAUUUGCUCUCAUACCUUCCCAAAACUUUCCUCUCCUCUCUCAACUUUUCCUUAACCCUAAGUCUUCUUUCCUUCUUCUUCAUCUACUUCACAAACUCCAUUAAAAAAAAAUUAAAAAACACAAUAAAAUUCUCAUCAUCUUCAUCAAUGGCAGCCAUAGACUCCGACACCAAACCCAAACAAAAGCACCCAUUUUCAGACCAAAGAAACCAAGACAACCCAACAAAGUUCCACUACAAUUUUCUCUACAAAGCCCUUGUGGUUUCUCUAUUCUUGAUAAUUCUCCCACUUUUCCCUUCCCAAGCACCGGAUUUCGUCAACCAGACAUUGCUAACCAGAAGCUGGGAGCUUCUCCACCUCCUCUUAGUCGGCAUAGCCAUCUCGUACGGCCUCUUCAGCCGCAAAAACGACAACGACGACGACAGCAAAAACGAAUACAAGUUCGACAAUGCACAGAACUAUGUCUCGCGGUAUCUUCAGGUCUCUUCGGUUUUCGACGACGACUCCGAAAACCCUUCUGUCUCCGACGAAAACAAGGUCCAAACAUGGAGUAGCCAAUACUUUAGGAACGAGCCUGUUGUUGUUGUGGCUCAAGAGAGUAAAAAAAUUGUCUCGAAAAGUGUUGAGAAGCCAUUGCUUUUGCCCGUUCGGAGCUUGAAGGAGACAAGCUCCGUUUCUGACUCCCUUUCUCGGUCUAAUUCUAGAAGAUUCUCGAGUCACAAUGGAGAAUUUGGAGCUUUGGAUCGAGAAGAACUAACGGAGGAGGAGAAGGUGAAGAAGGAAAGCGUUGUCCUUCCUUCGCCGAUUCCAUGGCGAUCGAGAUCGGGAAGAUUGGAAACGAAAGAAGAAGAAAGCUUGGAAAGUCGUGCUGUUUUCCCAUCAAUGGAGGAACCCGAAUUAUAUCGGGUCGAAUCUCGGGUUCUGAGGUCUCAAUCCUCUCGUUUUUCACGUUCCGAUUCGGCAAAUUCGCCGAAGCUGUCACCUUCUCCGUCAGCGAAGAAACCGUCCCCUUCGCCGUCUUCUUUGUCACUAGAGUCUCAAGCUAAAAUUGCAGAAGACAUGGUGAAGAAGAAGAGUUUUUGCAACAAGGCUAAUCCACCGCCCACACCUCCGCCGCCGCCUCCACCGCCCACACCUCCGCCGCCGCCUCCACCGCCGUCUUUUUAUCAAUCUUCGUCGUCGACGAAACCGAUUUCUUCCGUGAAAGAAGCGAAAAAGAAGGCGGGAUUCGAUCAAACGUGUUUCGAGAAAGAAGAAGAAGAAGAGGAGGAUUUGGAGGAGAAGGUGGUUGUGGAGUCCGAUCAGGAAGAGACCGAAAGCGAAGAUGAUGAGAUUGGACCGAGUUUUUCGCAGAAUUUCAAAGGAGAAAUCGCGAAAAGAAAUGAUGAAAGUGGUUCAAGUAGUGUCGGAGAUGGAGGGCCUGAUGUGGACAAGAAGGCUGAUGAGUUCAUAGCGAAAUUCAGAGAGCAAAUCAGGCUUCAAAGGAUUGAGUCCAUCAAGAGAUCAAGUGCUCAGAUGAGUAGAAAGUUGGCCAGGUAAAAGUUGAAACAUAAUAUAAUAGUCUUGCCCUUUAGGUUUUUCUCUCUCUUUUUUUUUUUUUUUUUUUUUUUCCUUUGUUUAUGUUUUUAAUUGACUCGGAAAUUAUAGUGGCUUUUGUUUCACGUAAUUAUUAUUAUACAGAAGAUUUUCUUGUUUUUGUGUAGCCACAAAAAUUUCAUUAGUG